ACGUACGUUAAGCGUGUAACGAAUAUUCUUUGAAAAGUGUCGCAAUUUAACUAAAUGAUCUUGAUACUGCUGUUUAUGUGUAACGCUAACUGACAACAGUUGGGAUUGGUAGAUAACUAUCUUGACCUACGGUGCAACAGUUAAUUUCGCGCUGUUCUGAUAAUAACUAGCGUAGUUUGUUGUGUAACAAUAAUAUAGUUAAAUGUAUCUUCUGUGUACCACUAAAGAUAGGAUUUUUAUAUUGUGUGCUUUCUAAAAGUGGAAAAGCGCUAACUGCUCGUACGUAUCCCUGUCAACGAAAGCGUUACAAGGGUUAAAAAAUACACCACCUGUACCUUUUUGGGAUUUGAAGUCUGUUUUGGUGGCCAUUGCAACACCGAGACACAAAGGAGACUAACCGAAAGAACUACAACCAGCCUUUCGUGCGAUACCAACGGACAGCGCUCAACACCGCCCACCCCGGCUCUCGGCGACAGUUUUGUCAGGCAGAAAACUUCCUGAAUGAGUAACAAACGACAACAAGAGCGGUUCCAUUUAGACGGGCCAUUAAGCUAUACUAGUUAGCCAGCAUGCACAACACCAGAACCCUGUUGCAGGCGCACGUCCUUGUCUGCUCCCAUUCUGUCAGUCUCCGUGAGUGAUUGAAUGCAGUGAAACUGGCAUCAGUGAACAAGCACACACACAAAGGGCCAUUGAUUGGUCAAGGAUGAUCAUGGAAGACAUGAAGAAUGAAGCCGACAUUGCCUCAAUAGCCUCUAUGGCUCUCUACAAUGUGAUGCAUCCUGUCUUUAACCAGCUGGAGAAAGUCAACUUAUCAGCAGCACAGACCUUGAGAGCAGCUUUCAUAAAGGCAGAGAAGGAGAACCCAGGUCUGACCCAGGACAUGGUUAUGAAAAUACUGGAGAAGAAGAACUUAAAAAUCAACUAUAGUGAGUCUCUACUUCGCAUGGCUGCAGACGACGUGGAAGAGUUCAUGAUUGACAGGCGAGAGCCAGAGUUCCAGGAGCUGAACGAGAGGGCCCGAGCUCUAAAACACAUCCUCAGCACCAUACCAGAUGAGAUCAAUGACAGAGUAGGCUUCCUACAGACCAUCAAAGACAUCGCCAGUGCCAUCAAGGAGCUGCUAGACACAGUUAAUACUGUCUUCAGGAAAUACCAGUAUCAGAAUAGACGGGCACUGGAAAAGCAGAAGAAAGAGUUUGUGAAAUACUCCAAGAGCUUCAGUGACACUCUCAAAACCUACUUCAAAGAUGGAAGAGCGAUCAACGUGUUUGUCAGUGCCAACCGGCUCAUCCACCAGACCAACAUGAUCCUGCAGGCCUUCAAGACUGUUGUGUAGCAGCCUGAGAAGACACACAGACAGACAUUUUUAUUAGAGAAUAGGUGAUAUGAGGCUUUGUAAUUUGUAAAGACAUUUUAUUCUUCUGCGCUGUAUAAUUUAUAAUUCUGUUGCUUUGAGGGGAGAUCAGGUAGUUUGAGGUUCAAAGAAAAUCAGGUAGACCGUAAUAGCCAGGGAUUUUUAACUCUCUUUUAUGUUGUUCUUUUAUCAGAUUCUUAAGUCAAUAUUUUUUCAUUCAUUCAUAUCUUUCCCUCUUUGUUCAGUACUGUGUAGUUCUGAAAAAGUUUAGGAAAAAUGUGAUUAUUUCCCAUGUCCUUUAAAAGUUUGGUUAUUGCACAAGUCUAAAAAAAGUACAAUGAAAAGAAGUGGCAUUCCGUUUCCAAAUACAUUCCCACAUUUUUGGGGUUUUACUCUCAUUUAAUUGUCAUUUCUCUAUUGUGAACAUAAUCUUAAUCUAUAUAGUGGUAUCACGUACUUGGCACUAAUAUCCUGCCACUAUCAGCAUGCAGCAUAUUCAACUUAAAUCUGAUGGGUUUGAAUCCUGAAGAAGAAAUCAAGGUCUGGAUGGAAAAAGUUUGGGAAGUUGAAAUGGAGACUGUGUUUACUGUCUGCUUUCUUUGUCUUGUCCUGUUCUAGUAUUCACUGAAUCACCCACUGCAUCAUAAACACAACCCAUCCAGGUCUGCAAUAACUCA